GUAGGCUGUGUUAUUUUCACUUCCUGUUCAGUGGGACAUCCCGCGGCUCCAUCCGAGCAGGACUACAUCAGUCCUCUGUCCUACUAUUAGAUUUUUGCUUCCAUUUAACAGGUGAGGCUGGAAACGGAUGCGUUUUAUUGCAGCAGCGGCCCGCCUGCAGUAAUGUGACGGACGUCUCCGCUGGACUGUGUUAUUAUUAUGGAGCGCGGAAUCAGUGGCGAUCAUCUGUGCUGCUGAUCCAGACGUCCACCCACAAACAGCGCGAUCUCCAUCUACUCUCAUACCUUCAGAGAUACACAACAUGGGCAAACAUCUCAUCUGCUGUUGGAUUUGGGCUCUAGUGGCUCUUUUCUACUUCCAACAAGCACUUUCUUUUAAUCUGGAUAGUAACAAACCCACAGUUUUCGCUGGACCUCCAGGAAGUUACUUUGGAUUUUCUGUGGAUUUCUUCAAUCCUGACAACAAACAAUUAAACAUACUAGUUGGUGCACCCAGGGCAAACACAUCUGACCAAACCCCGUCAACAGUCACUGAGAGGGGUGCUGUCUUCAGCUGUCCCUGGCACAAAAGUGGCUCAUGUACCCAGAUUGAGUUUGAUAGCACUGAUGACAGGAAGAAUGCAAAUGGACAGCAAAUGGAGUUUAAGUCAAAUCAAUGGUUUGGGGCCACUGUGCGUUCCACUGGGGACCAUAUUUUGGCAUGUGCUCCUCUCUACCAGUGGAGCACGUAUGGAUUAUCAGAGAGAGAGCCUGUCGGGACAUGUUUCCUGAAGAAAGGCAAUAGCAUUGUGGAAUAUUCACCUUGCCGCUCUAACUCAAACUCACCUGAGGGGCAAGGAUUUUGUCAAGCAGGUUUCAGUGCUGACUUUGUGAAGAAUCGGGUUGUUAUUGGAGGACCAGGAAGCUUUUAUUGGCAAGGUCAGCUGAUCUCAGAUGACAUCACUGAGGUCAUCAGCAGAUACAACAAGGAGUUUUUUACUCCUUACAGUAACCAGUUAACAACCAAGUCAGCUUUGGGUAAGCCUGUUUGCGUUACUCUAACGACAAUGGUGAAGAUGGUAAGAUAUUUUAACGAUGAUGGUGAAGAUGAUUAUGUCACAGGAGUUCCUAGAGGGGAGAAGGCUCUUGGUUAUGUCAACAUUUUCAAUGGGAGAAACAUGGAGUCUAUGUAUAAUUUCACAGGCACACAGAUGGCUGCUUACUUUGGUCAUUCUGUAGCAGCUGUUGAUAUCAAUAAUGACAGGAAGAUGGACUUGUUGGUGGGGGCUCCUCUGUUCAUGGACCGCGGCUCAGAUGGGAAGUUAAGGGAGGUGGGUCAGGUCUAUGUCUACCUAGGCAAAGGUGGCUUCACCUUCAACAAUGUCAUCAAACUCACUGGUUCUGAGAUCUACGCUCGAUAUGGAAGCUCGAUCUGCAGCCUGGGAGACCUCAACAUGGAUGGAUAUAAUGAUGUGGCCAUUGCUGCCCCAUAUGGUGGGCAGUUCCACCGCGGCCUGGUGUACAUCCAUAACGGGCGUCCCACAGGGCCCAAUCCUGUGGCCUCUCAAGUUCUGGAAGGAACAUGGGCAUCUGCUUCUAUGCCUUCCAGCUUUGGUUACGCCAUGAACGGAGGCACAGAUGUCGAUCAGAAUGGAUACCCUGACCUGGUUGUUGGGGUGUUUGGAGCUGACAAAGCCGUUCUAUACAGGGCUCGUCCGGUCAUCAGUGUGAACACCACACUGGAUAUAAGCCCACAAAUCCUAAACCCUGAAGACAAGAGCUGCACCCUGCCUGGAACAACCACCAAAGUAUCCUGCUUCACUGUGAAAUACUGUCUGAAGGCAAAUGGCAAGGGAGCACCAUCUUCUCUUCAUUUCCAAGUGGAUUUGACCCUUGACCGCCUCAAACACAAGGGAGCCAUCAAACGGGUCCAGUUCCUCCAUAACAAGAUGCCUAAUUAUUCAAAGAACAUGACCGUCUCCAACAGCCAGGGACAAGCCUGCGAGGAGCUUCAGGCUUUUUUAAUAGAUGACUCAGAAUUCAGGGAUAAGAUCACACCCAUUUCUGUUUUUAUGGAGUACAGCUUGGAUUACAAAACAGCAGCAGAUAAGACCGGCCUGUUGCCCAUCCUUGACCAGUCUACACCUACAAAUGUCACUAAGCAGGCCCACAUACUCCUAGACUGUGGCGAAGACAAUAUUUGCAAGCCAGACUUGAAACUGUCUGUUGUGAGUGACCAGAAACAGAUCUACAUAGGGGAUGACAACCCCCUGACCCUAGAGGUCACAGCAGAGAAUGGAGGAGAAGGGGCAUAUGAGGCCGACCUUACUGUCACACUACCAUCUCAGGCAGAUUUCAUUGGGGUCGUGCGUAACAGUGAGACAUUGUCUAGACUGUCCUGUGCUUUCAAGAGAGAGAAUCAGACCAGAGUGGUGGUGUGUGAUCUUGGGAACCCAAUGAAAGGAGGAACUAAGAUAUUAGCAGGAAUGCGCUUCAGCGUGCUCCAGCUCUCUGAACAGGAUACAGAAGUCAAGUUUGACUUGCAGAUAAAGAGCUCAAAUCAGUUCAACAAUACCAGCAAUCUAGCGUCUGUUGUCACAAAGCUUGCUGUGCUGGUCAAAGUGAAAUUAAGAGGGGUGUCUGCGCCAGAGCAAGUGUUUUUACCCAUCGCUAACUGGCAGCCAAAACAGAGUCCUGUUCUGGAGGAUGACAUUGGACCUCUUGUACAGCACAUCUAUGAGCUAAGGAACACAGGACCCAGUACUUUCAGUAAGGCUAUUUUGGAUGUGCAGUGGCCCUACAGAUUCAACAACGGCUCUCUGCUCUACAUCACCAAGUUUGACGUGGACGGAAAUAUGAAUUGCAGCUCAAACAGGGAGCUCAACCCUCUUAAUGUCACUAAUCCUAGAUUUAUUGACAAAAAUGAGACCUCGGCCAGUGGAGGCAGAACUGAGGGGAGGAACAGACGCAGCGUCCACCGCAGAGACCUGGAGGACAAACAAGAGGAAGAGAACCUGGAGAUUCUGGAUUGUGGGAAUGCGGAGUGUCAGGAGAUUAAGUGUUGGAUCGGCCGGCUGGAGAAAGGCCAGAGUGCUAUUCUAUUUAUUUACUCCAGACUCGCCGUGAGCACAUUUCUCAAGGCUGAAAGUCAAAACAAAUCGUACAAUGUUCGAUCCACAGCCUCCUUCAGCGUCAUAGAGAUGCCAUAUAAAAAUCUCCAUUCUGAGCUCCCAACCAGCAAGACAUCAGCCUCUCUGAAGGUGAUCUGGAAUUCAGAGAACCCUCAGCCUGUCCCAGGAUGGGUGGUGGCUUUGGCUGUCCUGGCUGGACUUCUUCUCCUGGCUUUGCUCAUCUUUGUCAUGUAUAAGUUGGGCUUCUUUAAACGUGUACGGCCGCCCCAGGAUGACAACAUAGAGAAAGAGCAGCUUCAGCCUCAGGAGAACGGAGACAGAAACACAGAAGCCUGAGCUCUUAGCCUAUCACAGUGCAGAGGCAUAAUGCCACGUCUGCAGGAAUGUGCCUGAUUUACACCAAUGCUGAUGAGAAUACAAUACACCCUUCACAGCUCCAUCAUCUUUAUUAGCAGGUCAGCAUUUAAUCAUGCUGACAGGCCUGACGAGUGAGAUGGCUGUCAUCAUUUGAAUGGUACAUACAGUAGCUGAGGUGGUUUGAAUAACCAGGAUGCUCUGUUAAUAAGACUAAAUCCCUGUGCUCAUGUCCUUCUUUAACUGCACUGAGUCUUAAGACGAGAUUUGAUUUUCAGUUGGGCAUAGUGAAUGAACACAUUUAAAAUCAUAGUACAUUUCAAAUUGUUUACAAGCAACAAAAAGAAAGGUAAUGAACCUUAAAUAAUAGAAAACGAGAUCAUGAUUUUUAAAUUUUUAUUUUGAGGAAAGAUGUGACGUAGUUUGGCACAUCAUUAGAUUGCAGCUUCUGCUUCUUCUGUGGGAUAAUCUUCUGUUAUAUUGUUUUUCACUGAUCAUUUCUGCUGUUUGGGGCUUUCUGUUGGACUUUGGACUUUCGGUUUUUAUCUGUUUUCUUUGCAGUUGUUUCAGCUGUUGGGAUUUGGACUCUUAAUUUCUUAUUUGGGCGUAAAGUGUAUUAUUUUGAGAAAAUAUUCUUAAGUUUGUCUACUGUAAACAUUAUUUUAGAGCAGGAUUGUGUUUGUGCAUUUAGAGUGUUUGGUUGAAUUUGUAUUAUAAAAAGAAAAAAAUAAUAUCUUUGCACAAUAGAGCAAUAAAAUUGUAGCAUUUUUGCAUUUUGAUUAAUACCCCUUAUGGACAGAGCACCUUUAUUAUAAUGUUUUAAUAUUCCUCUUGGUCACAAUCUAAGCAAAGUAUUUUUUUAGAUGAAAGAUGAUCUCUUUUACCCAAAUACAUGUUGAUUAGAAUAGGAAAAAAAUAAAUUUAGUGUAAUGUAUCCCACUUAAUAUUAAUUAAUAAGAAUAAAAAGGUCUGAUGGCAUGGAAUAACUGAGGCUGGAAUCCUUAACAAUAUUGGCCUUUUUUCAAUUGAUUCAUUAUAUUGAAAAGAGUUAUUUAACUAAUGAUUUUUGGUUUAAAGGUUGCGGAUCAUAGUUAUUGGUCUUAAUUUUGACUUCAGAUAUACUGAAAUAACAACCCAUAACACUGAAAAACCUGGAUUUCUUAUGUUGCUGUAUUAUAGUAAUGCUGCUGCCCAUAUGAAUUUACCCAUAUUGGGUUGCCAUAAGUAUGUUGUCAAAAUGAAAAAGUGUAUACAUUUAUAAUUCAAUCAAAAGUAUGCAUUUUCCACAAAUAAAAUGACCCAGAAUAUAUUA